UGUAUCUCCCUCCCUCGCCCUAUAAAUGCAGGUUCCACUCUCUUCUUCAACCAAACCAGAAUCAUGGAAGACAAGAAAGCUGGCGCAAUAGUGAAAGCAGGCGAGGAAGGGAUGAAGCUCGCCCUUUCAGUCAUGGAAGAAUUCGACCUCCCGCUUGGCCUUCUCCCCCUCUCCGAUGUCAUCGAAGUAGGCUUCGUACGCGAAACUGGCUAUAUCUGGCUAACACAGAAGAACAAAAUAGAGCACAAUUUCAAACUGGCGAGCAAACUGGUAAGCUAUGACAGAGAGAUUACUAGCUAUGUAGAGCCCAAGCGUGUUCGGAAGCUCAAAGGGGUUAAGGCUAAGGAGCUUCUUCUAUGGCCUCCUGUUAACGAGAUCGCAGUGGACGAUCCUCCAACGGGCAAAAUUCACUUCAAGAGUCUUGCUGGUAUUACUAAGACCUUUCCUGCCGAAGCCUUCGCGGCCGGCCAGUAGUUUUAUCUGUUGAAGAUAUUGUUUCUGCAGCUUCUCUUGGACUCUGGGUUGGUUCGUGAUAAUGAAGUCAUUUUAGGGUUUUUAGGAUCUGUUGUACUGUGCAAGG